GCGGGGUAGGUAAAGAGGCAGGUUGUUGAAGGACAGGCGUGCAGAGGGGAUCCCGACCCGCCACGAGCUUGUACAGGAACACUCAGACAGCCGAGGACUCGAGGAUGUGGCUGGUGACUCUCCUGGUGGCCGUGGCCGCCGUCCCCGCCUCCCACGCCGGGUGGCAACACCCGCAGCAGCAAUGGUGUUGUUAUGGGGACGGCAUCGUGAUGGACGGCGAGGUGGCGCACAGCGUGGCGGACUGUUGCCUGCAGCUGGUGUGUGUGGGCGGCAAGCUGGUGGAGCGGCGCGCGGGGCACCCCGGCUCCACGAACUGUUGUGUGGGCUUCAACGGAGAGCUUCACCCUCCCGGCCAUGUGCUGCACCAGUGCUUCCCCCUCGUGUGUCAGGAUGGACACUGGGUCCCCACUCACGAUAUUGAUAGCUGCUGCCGCCAGUGUUCCAUGUACUCCAUUAACCACUACAUGACUUAUGACGGCCACCUCUACGACUGGAACGGUGUUUGUAACUACACCCUGACGCAGCGAGGCCCCUCCUACAACCCUGACCUUGCGGUCUUCACGAACAUGGAGCACUGCGGCCUCUGCGGCGCCUGCCCCGGCCACACCACCUUCAGGAACGAAAAGAACACAGUACUAUCGGUCUCAAGGUCGUCAAUUUUCAACGUGAUGGUGAACGACGAGCACUUUUCUGUGCCAGAGUCCGGCGUGCACAGACUCUCAGAUUCGCACGGCCUCCACGACGUGUUCGCGUGGCGCCAAAAUUCUUGCCUGUUGUUGGUGGGGUCUUCGAAGCUUGCAGUGAAGGUCUGCUACGACCGCGUGGACGUGUGGGCCCACCCCAGCCUGGCCGACUCCCUCCACGGCCUCUGCGGCCACUACAAUUUCUACAUCAACGAUGACUUCACCGGCCGCUCCGGCACCGUGCAUCCCCUCUCCACGUGGCCCAACGCUGAUUUCCCUAUGUCUUGGAGGACGAACAAGCAAAUCAACCCGCAGUGUGAGCAAGUGUACAAGAAUGAGAAUGUCUGCAAUGGGCGACCGGGCCACCCGUGCCACGCCAACGAGUACGACAAAGCCCAGUACCGCCAGAGAUGCAAACACCUGCUGCUGCCACUCCUCCGCCAUCACAUCGACCUUCACUUCUACGUGGAAACCUGCGUGGCGGACCUCUGUCUCGUGUACCAGGGCGGCGCUGGCCACAACGAGGCCAACGAGAUGCUGAAGAGGCUGGUGGCGCUUGUCCAGAUCCACGUGGAGGACAAGUCAAUGAUACGCAGUCAGGAACAAGACAGCGUCGGCACCACAACCAUGUGCAUCACCACCACACUAACACCAUUCUCUACCACUUCAGUCAUGUCCUCCACCACAUUUGUCCCUCCGUUCACGACCUUCCCCACUGGCACUUUGCCUACCUUCACUUUUCCCCAUACAUCCUUCCCACACACAACCACAACCACUACAUUUACCUUCCCCACCGUUACCUUCCCUACCUACCCUCCCUACACAACCAGUCCUUAUACUUACCCCGGAACUAAACCUUACUACACCGGCACCCCACCUACCUACCCUCCCUAUACAACCACCCCAUACAUUUACACCCCUCCUCCAACUUACCCAUCUGGCACGUUACCUACCUACCCUCCUACCUACACAUCCUACCCACACAAAACUGCCCCAUAUAUUUACACCCCUGACCCCACCUAUAUAACACCAUACACUAUCACUCCUUAUUCUUCUUACACGACAUCUUCCUAUCACACUAGUUACUCGAUCACUUACCCUCCUUACACCUACCCGCCGCCGACUGAUAAAAAUUCCCCUUAUACAACUUAUACCACAGACGGUUCUUAUGUCUUCACUCCUUACACGCCUAAUACUUACCCCACUAGCAGCUAUGUCUUCACACCUUACACUCCUGGGACAUAUACAACCUCCAGCUCUUCCCUAACCUUCACGCCAUACACUCCUUCCUACACUCCAUACACUACCCCCGGCUCCUAUACCCCACAAACUACCUCUUCUUGGUAUACUUACACUGCGCAUACCACUAACGGGCCUAACUCUUACACUACCAAGACGCCAUACACUCCUACACUUUACAGUUCAGACUACACUUAUUCCUACUCUACUUCCUACGAUACCACUUACACCUACACCCCGUAUAAUACUAUGACACCUUACACACCUGAUUAUACUUACACCCCGCCAACCACGUACAUCAGCCAGGGGACUUACACCUCUCAGUACACCACGGAUGGCUACACUUCUUAUACGUCUCACACCACCUAUACUACUUACACACCUGACUACAACACCUACACAACUGACUACACCUACAUACCUGACGUCACUAAUUACACACCUGACAUAACUACAUACACUACUUACACUACUUUCACACCUGACUACACCUACACAACUCACAUGACCUACAACCCACCGAACCCCUACACAACUGACAUGACCUACAACCCACCGAACCCCUACACAACUGACAUGACCUACAACCCACCGAACCCCUACACAACUGACAUGACCUACAACCCACCGAACCCCUACACCCCUGACAUUACCUACAACCCACCAAACCCCUACACAACUCACAUGACCUACAACCCACCAAACCCCUACACAACUGACAUGACCUACAAACCACCGAACCCCUACACAACUGACAUGACCUACAACCCACCGAACCCCUACACAACUCACAUGACCUACAAACCACCAAACCCCUACACAACUGACAUGACCUACAAACCACCAAACCCCUACACAACUGACAUGACCUACAAACCACCGAACCCCUACACAACUGACAUGACCUACAAACCACCGAACCCCUACACAACUGACAUGACCUACAAACCACCGAACCCCUACACAACUGACAUGACCUACAAACCACCGAACCCCUACACAACUGACAUGACCUACAACCCACCAAACCCCUACACAACUCACAUGACCUACAACCCACCAAACCCCUACACCCCUGACAUUACCUACAACCCACCAAACCCCUACACCCCUGACAUUACCUACAACCCACCAAACCCCUACACAACUGACAUUACCUACAACCCACCAAACCCCUACACAACUGACAUUACCUACAACCCACCAAACCCCUACACAACUGACAUGACCUACAACCCACCAAACCCCUACACAACUGACAUGACCUACAACCCACCAAACCCCUACACAACUGACAUGACCUACAACCCACCAAACCCCUACACAACUGACCUACAACCCACCAAACCCCUACACAACUGA